AUGUACAGAGCUCCCCAGGCCCCGCCCGUGUACGGCUGUGGGGUGCCCGGAGAGGGGGGUCCUGGAGAGGGAAGAGGGGGGAGGGUGCGUAGGUGGUGGUCAGCUCUUCGUUCCUCCUCCCGGGGGCGCGGGGAGCAGGUGUCUGAGCUGGGCUUGGACUCCGAAGUGCUGCCGGUCCGAGGAGACCACCCGGCUGCCCGCAACCGGUUCCUGUACGUGGGCGGCGCCCUGCACGCGCUGCCCGCCGGCCUCAGGGCGCUGCUCCGCCCGUCGCCCCCCUUCUCCAAGCCUCUGCUCUGGGCCGGGCUGCGGGACCUGACCGCCCCCGCGGGCAGAGACCCUGACGAGACUGUGCACAGCUUUGCCGAGCGCCGCCUGGGACCCGAGGUGGCGGCUCUGGCCGUGGACAGCCUCUGCCGCGGAGUGUUCGCAGGCAGCAGCCGGGAGCUCAGCGUGCGGUCCUGCUUCCCCAGCCUCUUUCAAGCCGAACAAGCCCAUGGCUCCGUGUUACUGGGGCUGCUGCUGGGGGCCGGUGAGGGCGCGCCCCCAGACUCGGCCCUCCUCCGCCAGGCCCGGGCUGAGCGCUGGAGUCAGUGGUCGCUCCGAGGAGGGCUGGAGAUGCUGCCCCAGGCACUGAACGCCCACCUGACCAGGAGCGGGGUCACCGUUCUCAGGGGCCACCCCGUCUGUGGGCUCAGCCUCCAGGCAGGACGCUGGAAGGUAGGAGAGGCCCGGGGAGUGUAAUGAACCUGUCUCUUAGUUUCCAUCUUUGCCUAAAUGUUCUGUUGUGUUUUAAAUUUAUUUUCAUUUAUUGAUUUUAGAGGAGGGGGAGAGAGAAACAUCAAUUAGUUGCCCCCUUAUUUAUGCAUUCAUUGGUUGAUUCUUGUAUGUGCUGUGACCCAGGAUGGAGCCCACAACCUGACAUAUGGGGGUGAUGCUCUAGAAGAGCUCCCUGGCCAGGGCUUGCCUACAUAUUUCCACCAAGCCAGGCCUGGCGGACUGGAGUUGCUUGUUUCCUGCCCUAGAAGCUGUUUAAAUAUGGGCCUCAUUUGUGGACCUUCCUCCAAGGCCCUUUGACCCAAGUCUGUGGGUAGAAACAGUGCUAUCAGUGGCUGAGAGCCCAGCUCCACUGAACAGCUCAGAGUGGACACUGGCUGU